AACUCUCUUGUCUUUUUACGUUCACACAUUUUCUUGUUCUUUACUUAACAAAGAAGAAGCCUUUCUCAAUUCAUCAAAUUUGUCUAUCAAGUUUCAAUCUUUUUCAUAACCCAGUAAUUAAAUCCACUAUCCAAACACACCCACUUGGUUUUUUUAUAUCUUUUUAAUUUAUAAAUUAAAGAAAAUUAUAAAAAGUUAGUGUUAAUGGCUGGUCGUUUUGAUCCUAAUCCAUUUGAUGAAGGAGAUGAAGUUAAUCCCUUUGCUGAUCAAGGGAAAGGAGCAGGAAAGUCGAAUUUUAGUGGAGGCUCGUUGUACACGACAAGUGUUCCUUCUGCUGCAAAUUCUAGGCUUACACCUCUUCCGCACGAACCUGCAGAUUUCUAUGACCGAAGUGCUCCUGUUGACAUUCCUCUGGAUUCGGCUGCGGAUUUGAAGAAGAAAGAGAGAGACCUACAAGCUAGGGAAGCUGAUCUGAAGAAGAGAGAAGAUAUAGUAAAACGCAAAGAAGAAGCAGCUGCUCGAGCUGGUAUUGUUCUUGAGGAGAAGAACUGGCCACCAUUUUUUCCCAUUAUUCAUCACGAUAUUGCAAAUGAAAUACCAAUUCAUCUACAAAAGUUGCAGUAUGUUGCAUUCACGACGUACUUGGGAUUGGUUCUUUGCCUACUUUGGAACGUUGUUGCAACAACAACAGCAUGGAUUAAAGGAGAAGAUCCAAAGAUUUGGUUUCUUGCUCUUAUCUACUUCAUAUCAGGGGUCCCACUUGCAUAUGUGUUGUGGUACCGACCACUUUAUCGUGCUUUUAGGAGUGAAAGUGCGUUUAAGUUCAGUUGGUUUUUCCUGUUUUACUUGGUUCACAUAGGCUUUGUCAUAUUUGCUGCCGUUGCUCCACCCGUUGUCUUCAAAGGAAAAUCUCUCGCAGGUAUCUUGCCAGCCGUUGAUCUCCUAGGCGACCACGCAUUGGUCGGGAUAUUCUAUUUUGUUGGAUUUGGGCUGUUCUGUCUGGAGUCAUUGCUUAGCAUCUGGGUUAUUCAGCAAGUAUACAUGUAUUUCCGAGGAAGUGGGCAUGCUGCUGAGAUGAAACGUGAAGUUGCUAGAGGUGCUGUACGAGCAGCAUUUUGAGCGUGCCGCCUAUUCCUGGAUACAGUUUUCAUAGUUUCUUUUCGAUAUUUGCCAGUGGAUAUAUAAUCUAUGUGAGGACAUGUGCUUUUCCUUCCAAAAAGUAUAGAAAGAGAACAUUUUGUAUGUAAAUCUGCUGUUUAUUCACAAAAGAUGGCGAAUUGUUUUUUUAA